AUGGCCAGCACCUCCAUCCCAGGGCUGGACUCUCAGAAGCUUCAUUACAUCCCCGGGUACACUGGACACUGCCCACUACUGCGGUUCAGCAUGGGCCAGACCUAUGGGCAGGUGACUGGUCAGCUACUUGGAGGUCCUCCUGGCCUAGCGUGGCCCCCUGUCCACCGCACACUUUUGCCUCCCAUCCGGCCUCCACGGUCUCCUGAGGUUCCCAGGGGGGGCCGACCUCCCAGGCGUGGGCACGAAAGGCUCAGCACCAGCAUGAUCCCCGGAUACACAGGUUUUGUACCACAGGCACAGUUCGUCUUUGCCAAGAACUGCAGCCAGGUCUGGUCUGAGGCGCUGAAUGAGUUUACUCAAUGGCAACAGAGUCGAGAAUUGCCAAUGGAAGUCAAGGGAGCAAAAGACCCAGAGAAAGACCAAGAGCCAAAGGCAGAGCUAGAGCCGGAGGCAAGGAGGCAGCCGGUGCCCGAGCUGACGGCAGAACAAGCUUCUCCCUACUCCAUGGAUGACAGAGACCCUCAGAAGUUCUUCAUGUCAGGCUUCACUGGUUAUGUGCCCCGAGCACGCUUCCUCUUUGGCUCCAGUUUUCCGGUGCUCACGAACCAGGCGCUGCAGGAAUUUGGGCAGAAGCACUCAGGGGGUGGAGGUCAGAAGGCCCCCAAACACCUCCCUCCACUUCCCAGGACCUACUCUCAGAACUUGUGCCUUUUACCUCACUAUGGUGGUUAUGUGCCAGGGUACAAGUUCCAGUUUGGUCACACCUAUGGACAUCUCACCCAUGAUGCGCUGGGCCUCAGCACCCUGCAGAAGCAGCUCCUGGCCUAGGUACCCGGCCUGCGCGUCUCCCUCCCCUGGCUUCUGUUCCCAGCCAAGCUUUGUGAGGAGGAGGGAGGGGGCGGCAGACACAGUGCUUUG